GAUGUCUUCUGAACCCAUUGUUGCCAAUCUAGACAAUUCCAUGACGACAGAGCCUGCACCCGCAGCUUUUCCACCAAUAUCCCCAAUGUCAUUUGCUUUUAUGAAUGAAGAAGAACGAGCAGCGGUCAAGUUUCCAAAAGUUGAUCCAAAACCGCAAACUGCUAAAGAUGAUGAACCUUCCACAUCCCAGAAAACGUUGAGCGUCGAUGAUCUUCUGAUAGUCGACGACGACGACGAAACUGAUUCACCACCGGCAUCUUCUAGUAAUUAUGAACCUAAAGCUCAUAUUGGAUGGGCUUCAUUCGGAGAUUCCUGUCUCCCACCUCCACCAAAGCCAGUUAAAAAAGCUACGGAUCCAAAUUUGCCACGAAGAAAAGUCUACGUCAUUCGUUCUCAGAAUACAGACAAGUCGAAGUCCCCGUUAGUUGUUAAUAACCAACAAGUAACACUCGAAAAGGCACAAAAUUCUCCAAAAAAUCCGAAUCCUGUUGUAUCUAAGCCAAUAGUGCUUACAGACUCUGAUGAGGAUGUGGACGUUGUUGGAUUCGACGAAGAGGAGGAAGCAAUUAAAAUUAUGGCCGACCCUACACGCCCACCAGAUCUUCCACCACAGCGAUCUCUGAUAUCCAGAUUUGAGUCGAAUCGAACCAAAAGAGAUAUCUUCCGAAACAGUUAUGAUUCUGAUGAGGAGGAAUUUCUGCGAUCUCGGUACCAGCGAGCUGUCACACCGCCGCCAAUUCUCGAGCGACAAAGUGGAAGUACUCGGGAGUCUGUAAGCGAACCAAGUGAAGGGAAAAUUCUCGAGGAAGACGCAACGCUUGGAAGUGAACAUACGGAAAGAGUCGGAAAACGAAUUGAAUUGGAGGAAAUCAAUCCAUCACAGCUUCUACGAACCAAAAUUUCGGCGAGCGCAAUUCCAAUCCUUCCACUCUCCAAAUCGAUAAUGGAACGUAAAAAAGUAGCUCUGGAGAUGACGAAAAACGCCGUGAUCAGACAAGCGAAUAACUUCCGUCCAAAAGCCAAAAACAGUACCGUGGCUCCAAAAAGUGUCCAAAUUCCUGCAUAUAAUCAUAAAACUCCUAUGACGUUCUACUCGAAUAUGGCGGCCCCCGCCUUCGUCAAAGGAGUCAAUGGAAGAUGUUAUCGUUGCGCCGAAAUUCAAAAGCCUGUGGAUAUGAGCUCCUUCCGAUUCGUCGACGAUUCUACCGUUAUUGCCAUCCGUGCUCAUCUUUGCGAUCAGACACGCGUCAUGGUAGCUAGAACAGCAAUUUGGAAUCGAGAAUACGCGAAACGACUCGGCGAUCGAGCUGCUGGAACUGUUUGGCAGAAACCGGACGAGGUGUCGGCUCAGAUGACCGGAUUUUGCAGUGCGACGGUUCGUAGAUGUAUUGAGAUUGCCAAUAUGUCUAUCAUUCCAAAGUGUGCUGAUCGUGUUGGUGUUUCGAGAAACGAACUGACCUCCCUGAAGUCUUCUUUCGGAUCCGAGAAGUUUUGUGGGCAGACCAUGCGAGCUCCACAUGUACUCACUCAGUUCUACUCAGUUAAUCAGGCAUCGAUGGCUCGUAAUAGGGAAGGUUCUGAUGGUCCUUCUUCCUCAGCAGCAAGACCGGUUGGAAGACCACCCACUACGCAACCAGUAGAAACUGCAGUGGAGAAAAAGAAGAAUGAUGAAGAUGAGAAAAGACAUCAUCCACUCACAAACUUCACAACAGCAUCCACGUCUUCCCAAAAUCUGCAAGAUCAACCACCACCCAAGAAUACCGUUCUCCGCUGGUCAAAUAUCACAACUCCGAGGAUUCUUCGUCCACCAACUCUCAAAACUCCCUACUCGCUUCCCAGGACUGCAGUGAUUCCGGUGAUGAAGAAGAAGCAGCCCGAAAUAGAGCAAGUUCAGCCGAAGAAGGACACGACGGCAAGCCUUGUUCGCAAAAGAGGCCGCCCGAGAAAGGAGAAGCCUCUGGAGGUGCAGUCUCCUCGCAAGGGACUAUAUCUUCGCUUCAAAUCGUGCACAAAGUAUAUUGUUCGGACUCCAAUUGACAAAAGUGUCCAAGAAACGGUGAACUAUCUACUGGAUGAGGUUGACAAAAGGGCUUCAACUUCUGCUACGUAGCUGCUACAAUCUCUGUUCUUUUGUUUUUGUUUUCUCGUUCUAAAUGUUUUGUUGUCUCAUGUUUUUAGUUCUUCGGAACUUGUUAUCCCCUCCCAGUGUUUUAUUAUUUUUUGUACAUUUUACUGUUGCUCUGUUCUGCACGUUGACCCCACAUUUGUUAGUAGCAUAUGAAACGGUUUUAUAAAGUAAGUGGAAAAGGUAGAAAAU